AUGAGAACUCCAAUGGAUCCAAAUUCCAAGCUGCAAAAAUCAGAUGAGAGUGAAGAAGUUCAGGAGGGAACAUAUAGAAGCUUGGUUGGAUGCUUGAUGUAUUUAACAGCAACAAGGCCUGGUAUCUUGUUUGCUGUAAAUACACUUUCGAGAUUUCUGAAUUGUGCCAAGAAGGAGCAUUGGGUGGCGGCAAAGAGAGUCCUCAGAUACUUAAGAGGUACUCAGACAUUUGGAAUAAGAUUUUCCAGAUGUGAAGAGUUUGGUUUGGUCGGUUACUCCGACAGUGACUGGGCUGGUUGUGUCGAUGACAUGAGAAGCACGUCGGGAUUCUGUUUCUCAUUCGGUUCAGGCUGCUUCUCGUGGAGCUCGAAAAGCAGACUGUCGUAG